CUCCUAUGCGCAUGCGCACCCCUCUCUCAGGCGGGGCGGCUCCUCUUUCGCAAGAGUCGGCCGGAGCAGCUCGCGUCUUUAGCGCGCAUGCGCGCUCUGCAGCCGGCCGCGCCGAGCCACCAGUCAGAGGGAGUUUGUGAGGGAAAGGAAGGGCGGCCUGGACGAGCCUUUUUCCCUCCUCGCUUGAAGAGCCGUCGCUGAGACUUUCAAGAAGAGGAGCGACGCAGAAGCCACGCCCACUUCCCGGGAGCCACGCCCACUCGCUAUGAAGCCACGCCCACUUCCCACCCCGCCCUUGUAGAAGGGUCUCCCCAGGGUCCCAGCGCCCCCCCCCCACAUCCCCACCUCUGGAGACUGAAGCACUGCAGAGGCCCCUUUGCUUCCACCUCUGAGGCUGAGAGUCUGUAGCAGCAGGGCCAUCCCCUGCCCCCCUUCCUGCCUGGCCUUUGGGGGUCCCCAGGUGCCCUCUUGUGGAUGCCUGCCCCCUCCUGCUCCUCCUCUUCCCUCCCUCGGCCACCAUGGGCAAGGUGCUGUCCAAGAUCUUCGGCAACAAGGAGAUGCGGAUCCUGAUGCUGGGCCUGGACGCGGCGGGCAAGACCACCAUCCUGUACAAGCUGAAGCUGGGCCAGGCAGUCACCACCAUCCCGACGGUGGGCUUCAACGUGGAGACGGUGACCUACAAGAACGUCAAGUUCAACGUCUGGGACGUGGGGGGCCAGGACAAGAUCCGGCCGCUCUGGCGGCACUACUACACCGGGACGCAGGGCCUGAUCUUCGUGGUGGACUGCGCGGACAGGGACCGCAUCGACGAGGCCCGCCAGGAGCUGCACCGCAUCAUCAACGAUCGGGAGAUGCGGGACGCCAUCAUCCUCAUCUUCGCCAACAAGCAGGACCUCCCCGACGCCAUGAAGCCCCACGAGAUCCAAGAGAAACUGGGCCUGACCCGGAUCAGGGAUAGGAAUUGGUACGUCCAGCCCUCCUGCGCCACCUCCGGCGACGGACUCUACGAGGGGCUGACGUGGUUGACGUCGAACUAUAAGUCCUAAUGGCGGCUUUUUUAAGUAAUAAAAAAGUGGCGGAACUGUUUAUGAGUCUUUGGUUUUAGAGGGGCGAAGAAACACUGGCUUCACCCUCCGAAAAAGAACGGGCGACGAUCCUCCGUACUAAAGACGUUCAGAAACUUAAGCACCCAUAGGAUUUUAAGGAGCGCUCGCCUCUUCUCCAGUGACCACCCUUUUUCUCUUACAAUCUUGAGACUGGACCCCAGUUUAUUACAGUACAGUUCUUGCUUGGUGUUAAGAUGCUCUAAUCCUCUGCAGUGAAUGGACACAAAUACUAGUUUCUAUGCCAGACUUCCAGCAACGUGGGAAACAAGGGGGGCGGGUGAGGGAGGGAAACACACACGUUGUAGCUUUGCAAAGUAACUUUCUCCUGUUUUGAAAGCCCUUGCUAUGAUGGGUUGAUUUGCUUUUUUGAGUCCUGGGGCUUAGGUAUGGGUUUUUCGUUUAAAAUGUAUGCUUUUUGGUUCAUUUCUUUCUUUUUUCCUCCCAGCCCUUCCUCUCCAUUAUCAUCCGCUGUAGAUUUGCUUCUCAUUUGCCACCUUGGAGAAUAUGUUGAUAGGUCUCUGUUAUCUAGUAAACUGAAAACCGUUGCUUAUGAACAAACUGCAGUCUGUCCUCAUUAUGGCAAAAGUUUACAGCUUAAGAAGGGAACUAAAACGUUGAGCUCUCCCUUACCUGGCCUUUGACAGACCAGGAACGUGGCCUUUAACGUAAAUGUAUAACUGCUUCCCGGGCCUGAGAUUGGCCAGGUAACGCGAGAACAACGUCUGAAUGUCAGCCGUAGGCUGUUAGGAGCCAAACGCUGCGCAUGGCCAAGGAUGCAGACAAGCAUCCCUUCUAAAGAGAAACCAUGUGCAAAAAGAAAUGAGACUGGAGCCAAAGCACAGUUCCCUUGCCUUGCACCGUAAAUUUAACUUUUCAGCUGCAAGAUCAGAAAUUGAAUCAAUUUCCAGUUUCAGUGCAAAUAUACUUUCCUUUACACAAAGUGCAGCAAUAAUUUGUAGGCAUCACUGUGUGACAGGCGUUGUUUUUGUGUUUCUUUUUAAGUCAUGGGCCUAUUGUCCAAACUUGAAUGUGAAUAUUUUUCCUGUUGCAGCAACUGAGGCAAGAUAACAGGACCGCAGUUGGUUUUUAAAGCUCCUCAAAUGCGUAGGUAAAAUGUUUUUAGAUUUUCACCUUGGCUCUAUUAACUUAAAGGAGCAGAGGGAGCGUGCGUCUGCUUCUGCAUCACGACUCAAAUAAGUUAUUCUUAGAAUUUAUUAAGAUAUAUCGGAAGGAAGGAAGUGACAACUUGGGUUUUGCAGGUGCUACUAGUCUGGAUGAAGCAGCCAACUGUCUUUGCAAGUUGCAGCUCUCUCUGUCUCUUGCAGACCCAUGUUGAAAGCGUGAAGGCAAGUAACAAGACGAGCCACAGCCUUCUGUUCUGAUAGUGUCUUUAUUUCAUUUGUUGGAUGCCUAAAUUUAUUAAGCCCUUUGGACAGGUAGAAAAUGAAUGGGGUGGAGAGUGAGCAAACGACUAUGAAUGUAACCUUUGACAUUCUGUUCUUCAAGGGCAAGCAAGGAUCUCAUUUUGCCAUAUUAUCAUAGCUUUCAAACAUCUGAUUAGUUGUAAGGGGGGGCGGGGAAAUGAUGGUGAAUUCAGGUUAGCAUAAAAGGGUUUCAAUCAAGUAUUAAUACUGGGUGCAAAAAUGUGGAGCAGCUGGUUCUUAUUCAGCCUUAAGGAUUAAUUUUGGAUUUCCUCAAGGAGUAAAACUCAUUUGAGGAAUUUUAGGAAUGUAUUGCUACAAAUCCAGAAGAAAAUUGCUUCUUUUUCCCCCCAUAAAAGGUAUAAGUUUAAAAUAAAAUUGGGGCAUUAUGCUACACUUCUUUAGUGCUGAUUUUGAUAUUUAAAUUGUGGGUUCUCGAGCUCGUACCAAAGAUGUUUGAGGGCAAUUAAGUAAUGAGGAAUUGAUUUCUCAAAGCUGAAUGCUUAGCAUCAUUAACCACACCGUAAGUUAGGCUCUGAUUCUGAAUAAGCAUGUUGCGUCGCUGUUUGGCUUUUUAAAAAACCUCCCACAUUGAACAGGGAUGUUCACUUUAAGCGAUUUUUAGAGCCAGAGCCACAGAAUUUAGAGUAAUAAGAAAUAGAGCAGUGGUUCAAAAAACAGUUCUGCUAAAGUAAAAAAAUAUAUAUGAGAGAAAUGAACUAAAACUGCCACAUUUUGGGUUGUCUGAAAAAUAACGAAGACUCCUUGUUCCUGGUGGCGGCAUUCUUAAGCGUGGUAAUACAAAAGGAGUCCAUAAACAGUAAACUGUCUUCUUCUGGAAUACCUGAAGCCAAGCACAAAAUGGUUGCCUAAACUGGAAAACUUGAAGACCUGUUACUGGUUCUCAAACUUUCAUGUGAACCUUAUUAAUUGCAAUGAAAACAUGGGUGGUUUUGCCCUUGGUGCAGAGUCUGUUGUAUUGUUCUCUUGCCAAGGCCAAAUCAAAUCUUCGUAUACCUUCUGCAUUAAGUUGGAUACAUGACUUUUGUAUGUUCUUUAAUUUUAUUCUUCCAGUAUGCUGGUUUUGUCAGUUAAAAGGAUAAAUGCAAUUCUGUCUUUCUUUUCCUCUUUAAAUCUUUAGUUUUGGGUGGAAACCACAAAGGUGAAUGGAAUCUGUGGCAAAUGCAUCAAAUAACAUUUGCUGCCAAACAAAAAAAGUUACACAAGUUUCAUUAAGUGGCCUCUUUCAAAGAAACAAGGUUUUGUCUUCUUUCUGGCUCAAAGGAGCCAUAAAAACAGUGGCUUUAGAUCUUUUUCAACAGCUUGCGAGAUAUAAAUGCAAUCUGUUUGAAUUCCACUUCUUUAAAAAAAGAAAUCAGUACAUCCAACUUAUGUCUUCACGUGAUUCUAUAAAGUGCAACUGAAUACGUUUUUGAAUGGCGUUAAAUUUGUCUGAUAAGUGAAUGAGUCUGUAGACUGUGAUCUCCCUAAAUAAAGUAAACAGGAAUUUUUGUGUCGCAUUAUGGUUGUAGUGUUGGUAAAAAGAACUAAUAAGCAGAAAAUAAAACAAUUAUACAGCA